UGACUGGGAUACUGUAUACAUGAGACUUGGCCUGAACAUGUCCUGGUUGUUGGCCAUGUGGAUUAGCCUUGGCUUCCUGCUGUUGUGCCAGGCCACACUCUAUCAGACCCUCCAGCAGCACCAUGUGGCCCGGCCCGGCCGCACUGACAUUCUCACCCUAGAGGGAGGUACGUGUGAGGUGAUUGCUGCCCACCGAUGCUGUAACAAGAAUCGUAUUGAGGAGCGUUCUCAAACAGUCAAGUGCUCCUGUUUACCGGGGAAAGUGGCCGGGACGACACGCAACAAACCCUCCUGUGUGGAUGCGUCCAUUGUAAUUGGAAAGUGGUGGUGUGAGAUGGAGCCGUGUCUGGAGGGAGAAGAGUGUAAGACUCUGCCUGACAACUCCGGAUGGAUGUGCUCCUCUGGGAACAAAAUCAAGACCACAAGGAACACCCAGCCAUACUCCCCUUUUUAGCUUCUGGAAGCAAAAUGCAGAGGAUGCGUCAACAGAAAUUGAGCUGCAUUCUUGCUUCUGUAAAGAGAGAGAGCCCUUCAUUGCCUGUUCUAUAGCAGCAGACAAGGCAGGCCCUUUUGUUUGUGGAAGUCACAGUGAGAGCGAGGCUGGGGAGCACCUUCCAAAAUACUCGCCCACCAUAGAUCUGCAUUACCCGCUCCACUGGCUAAAUAGAUCAAUCCAUUUCUGCUCCCUCCAAACAAUUAUACACCUUAAGAGAGACAGGCAGAAUGAGAGAGGCUGUAAUGAAAACAUCUUCUCUCCUUCUUCUUCUUCUCCUCCCCUGCUUUUGAUGAUAGUGAAAAGAAUUAUUUUCAUUCGAUAACCUGUGCUAGAUAAAAUAUGAAUGUCAUCAGUAUCAAGGCAGGAAUGUCAUACAUACAGUACAUAAUACAACCCUCAUCAGACAUUCAGUUAAUUUAAUUACUUUUUCAGUAAUUUCACACCGCAACAUAAACACUUAUUCAUGUACAGUAUUUGUUUUAACUAUAUAAGGACACUGCAGUUCCACUGUGGAGUAAGUAAACAUUCAUGAGUGCCAAGCAUUGGACUCAAGUCAAUCAGUUUUUUUACACCACCAUCUUUCACACUUUACAGGGUGUUUCCCCUUCAACUAGUCCAACAUGAUUUACUUGCUGUUCAGAGAGCCACAUGUCCCUUAUUAAAAGAAGCGGAGGGCACUUUUUCAAGCAAAAUAACACACUGUGACAGGAUGUAGCCCAUCUGUGAGACAGUUUCAGAGCAAAAGUGACCUGCCAGCAGAUGCAUCACCAUCUAAUUUGUCAAAACGGGAGACCACACACUCUGCGGUUGAUCAAAAUGAACUCCAAGCGGCCAUGCCACAUACAGUUCAACUUCACCGAGAAAUCAUCUGUUCCACCUCUGUGCUUGACAACACUUCUCCUCCUCCUUCUCUCUUGUAUGAUGUCAUCAUGAAGACAAACAUAAAACCAUACACAAAUGGUAAACAGUAUGUCUUUUGAGAUAAAUAAUAAAAGACUUUUCUAAAAAAAAAAACAAAAAAAAAACAAGUAAGGUUAUAAGCUGGCAGAAGCGGGCGAUGCUGCCAAGACUGCCCAGGUUGUC